AAUACUGAAAAUAUAACGUUUUGCACUCACCACAAACCAAAAGCUAAAGAGAGAGCUAAACUAAAAUGGCAGAAUCUGCAUUGUCCUUGGCCGGUCAGCAUUUGCUUCCAAAAUUUUGGGAAGCUCUCAAUAUGCUAAAAGAUCUCCCAAAAGAAGUUGCGGACCUUACAGAUGAACUGGAGAGCUUUCAAGAUUUCAUCAAUGAUGCUGAUCAAGUGGCUGAAACUGAACAAGAUGGUGGUAGACGUGAUAGAAUCAAAAAAAGGGUGAUGCGGCUGAGAGAAGUAGCUUUUCGCGUGGAAGAUCUCAUUGAUGAAUAUAAGGUAUGUGAGGAAAAGCAACCUGAUGAUCUUGGAUGUGCAGCUUUACCAUGUGAGGUUGUUGACUUCAUCAAGACUCUGAUCCAUCGCAUUAAAGUAGCAUAUGAGAUUCAGGAAGUUAAGUCACUUGUUCCUGCAGAAAGAAAUGGAUUCAAAAGCCAUUUUCCUUUAGAACAAAAGCCAAACAGUUCUAGAGGAAAUCAAAAUGUCACAUGGCACAAACUUCGAAUGGCUCCUCUCUACACUGGGGAAGCUGAGGUUGUUGGCUUUGACGGCCCUAAAGAUCAAUUGAAAGAUUGGUUGAUAAAGGGACGAUUAGAGCGCACUGUCAUCUCUGUGGUAGGAAUGGGAGGACAGGGAAAAACCACUCUUGCAAAGUUGGUUUUUGACAACAAGGAGGUCUUUGAAUGCUUCGAUUGUCGUGCUUGGAUCACAGUUUCGCAAUCCUACUCUGUAGAAGGACUGCUGAGGGAUAUGUUGCAGAAGUUUGGCGAAGAAAGAAUGAAUGUUUCUUCGAUGGAUCAGAUGUCCUUGAUAGAUCAAGUGAGAGCCCACUUGCAUUCUAAAAGGUAUGUUAUCUUUUUUGAUGACGUAUGGAAUAAAUAUUUUUGGGAUGAGAUUGACUUUGCUCUAAUUGAUAGCAAAAAAGGAAGUAGGAUAUUAAUCACAACCAGAAACGAAGAGGUUACAGAGUUCUGUAAGAAAUCUUCUUUGAUUCAAGUGCACAAGAUAGAGCCUUUAAGUGAAAAAGAAUCUUUGAGAUUGUUUUCUAAGAAGGCAUUUGAGUAUGGAUCUUAUGUAUAUUGUCCAGAAGAACUUAAAUAUAUAUCUCUUGAAAUUGUUAGAAAAUGUAAAGGUUUACCUCUAGCAAUUGUGGUUAUCGGUGGUCUUUUAUCCCAAAAAGAUAAAAGUGCCUUUGAAUGGAGACAGUUCAGUCAAAAUCUAAGUUUAGAGUUGGAUAAGAAUUUCAACUUUAGCCUAGCAAAAAUUUUAAGUUUAAGUUUUGAUGAUUUGCCUAAUAGUCUCAGAUCAUGUUUAUUGUAUUUUGGAAUGUAUCCUGAAGACUACGAAGUUAAAUCUAACAGACUUAUUAUGCAAUGGAUAGCUGAAGGGUUUGUCAAAUCAGAAGGGGAAAAAACACCCGAAGAAGUUGCACGGCAAUAUUUAGUAGAGUUGAUCCAUAGAAAUUUGGUGCAAGUAUGCUCAUUUACCAUUGAUGGCAAACCCAAACGAUGUCGUGUUCAUGACUUAUUACAUGAGAUGAUUCUUACAAAAAUCAAGGAUACAGGGUUUGGUUUGUAUAUUGGUGAGCACAACGAUUCCGUUUCAAGUGGGAUCGUACGACGCCUAACAAUUGCAACAGAUUCUGAUGAUUUGCUUGGAAGUAUUGAAAGCUCAUACAUUAGGUCAAUUCUGUUUAUCACCCGUAAAGAGUUAUCUGAACACAUGGUAAGGAGAAUCCCUACUAAAUACAUGUCAUUGAAGGUACUCGAUUUUGAUCAUGCUCCAUUGAGUUAUGUUCCGGAAAAUUUGGGAAAUUUAAUCUACUUGAAGUAUUUAAGCUUGGGAUACACAAAGAUUCGUAGUCUACCAAAAUCCAUUGGUAAGCUCCAAAACUUGGAGACCUUGGAUAUCGACGGCGCGCUAGUGUUUGUGAUGCCAAAAGAGAUUACAAGACUUAGAAAACUUGGUCAUCUUCGGAUUAGCCGAAUAUCUUCCUUUGAAGCAGUAAAGGAAAGUCUUGGAGGCCUAACAUCCCUCGAACAGAUACGAACAAUGAGAAUAGAUUCUGAUGGAGUUGUGAUUGCAGAGCUAGGAAAGCUAAAGAAAUUAAGGGAUUUGAGCUUAACUCAUUUUAGGAGAAAAUACAGACGCACUCUGUGUUCUUCGAUAAAUGAGAUGCACUUCUUGGAGAAACUACGUAUCGGAGCAAGGGAUACCAAUGAAGUCAUUGACUUGUCCGAUGUAUCGCUCCAUCCCACACUUAAGAAGCUUUGCUUGAGUGGGAAGUUAGAGAAGUUUCCAAAUUGGAUUCCAAAGCUCCAAAAUCUUGUGAAAUUGUCCUUGGAAUUGUCCUUUUUAACUAGUGAUCCGUUGAAAUCACUAAAAGAUAUGCCAAAUUUGUUGUGCCUAAAUAUUAGCCACCAUGCUUAUGAAGGUGAAAGUUUGCAUUUUGAGGAUGGAGGGUUUCAGAAACUAAAGGAACUGCGGCUUCAAAAUUUGCAACAUUUGAAUUUCAUCAGUAUCCAUAGAGAAGCACUUCUUUGUUUGGAAAGGCUUGAGUUAAGCGAAUUACCCAAACUCAAGGAAGUACCUUCUGGCAUUCUGCAGUUAGAGAAACUUGGAGUUGUCCAUAUAUUGAACCUGCCAAUUCAUAUUAUGGGAUUUUUUAAUUAUGGAAAUCCAAAGCGCUGGAUCAUAUCCAGAGCAAACCCAUAUAGAAUGUUUUAAAAUUCUCUGCAAAAUUGCCAAGAUAUGGAAUCAACAUAAAGCGUCCAACCUUGCAAAUAAAUGGUAGUGGGUUUGAAGUUCAACUCAUGCUGUGGAUAGCAAAUCAUUUGGAUUGCUCUUCUUAGUCAGGGGCUGGACCAGGGCUAACGGACGCUGUUACUCAAGGUGCCAUACUAGCAGCAAAACCAGUUAGUGGAUUCAAGAUAGGAAGAAAAGCUGGGGAGUGGACAACCUCUCACUUUCAUUCAUACUUACCAUCAGAAAAUUACCUCACCUAGGCCUGCAGGUUUCUACCAUCAAUGCUCAAUAACUUGUACUAUUAGUAUUGAUAUGGGUGCAAUUGCUGCUUAGAUUGUUUUUGAACUUUUGAGUUCAGGUUUUUCUCUGCAAGGAAGCACAGUCUGUUGAUGCUGUAGUGGGAACAAUUCAUUUGAUAGGUUGGUUGGUACUCUAGAUGUGUUGUUUGAUAUACUGGAAUUAAUAAUUCAGCUGCACUGGAUUGGAUCUAAGCUUCCUUGUUCUCUUCCUGUUGAUGAACUAUGAUUCAUUUUAUUCAAAGCUGUUUCACUUUUUAAAUGAUUGUGAGGGUUCGGGAACUGUCUCUAAAGGAGAGGUUGCAUCAUUGUGGAAGGUUUGUAACAGCAACUCGGAAGAUUUGGCAUACCUUGAAGAAUUCUACUGCAUUUAUAUUCUAGUGACAAAAGUAAGAAUGUCACUAAAUUGUAUAAAAACCGGAUGGAAUGACCAGUUUGGGGGAAGAAAGUGAAACUUUUUGAAUUUGGAAGAAUAAAUAAAUAAAUUAGCCUAAUAUUAAAAAAAAAAAAAUUAAUGUGUGA